UUAGAUAUUACAAAAAUAAUGUCUUAUUUUGAAUUUACUUGUUAUUAACUUCAGAAACAUAAAGCUUUAAGAUGUUUAUUAAUCAAAAAUACAUGUUCCUUGCGCUGGUUAUUAUUAGUUGCUUGAAAAUGAAUAAUGUUCGUAGCGAUUUUGGAUCUGAUUUAGCUGCUUUAAUUAAGAAACAAAAUGAUGAAAUUAUGAAACGAAACAUGGCAUUAGCGAUGUCUGGCGAUGGGGUUUUUGCAUGUUCCUCGCCUGAUGGAAAUUAUGUUUCAACGACUCAAAAUGGAAAAAAAACAACAGUCGGUUCUAAAGGACCAGUCGCUGGUGCUUUUGGAAAAGGUUCAAUGGCAGUGGCAAGUGAUGAUAGCGGAACAGUUGUUGCGACAGGAAAUUGAUAAUGGCUAAUGUUUAUUUAAAAAUAAAUUUAUUUUUUGUAAA